AUUCGACUUAGCGUUUCUAAUUUAACCAUAUUGUACGAUGCUGGUUCGAAAGUGAGGUUUAAGUUGUAUCUAUUCGAUGACUGUGAUGAGUAUGGUGACAUCAAGCAAGAAUGGGUGUUGGUUCUCACAGACAAAAACACCCAGUUGCGGUGCGAGACUAUCAACGAUGGCUUUUAUCAUCCCUACUGUGAAUUGGUGAGCAAUCGUACUGAUGUGCAUAACUCAGUAGCAUGCACAUUCUACAACAUGACUCCCGGCCAGUAUUGUGUUAUUUUGGAGCCCAUUGAUAGAGAUCGCUGUCACCCCGGCACAGUAUGGACUCACGGCCACGACAAAAUAUCACCUUGCAAGUAUCAACAUGCUUUCACUGUCAGAAAGAAAAAUCUGCAGAAUCAGACUCCUGUUCCUUUGUCUACCAAUCAUAACAACAAUACUUUGAUAGUAAUCGGAUCUGUCGGGGCAUUGACUGCGUUAGUAAUACUAUGUUUAGCCAUGUACAGCGGAUUACACUACUCGUUUCCUGAAGCUGGUUCUGGGGACGCUACACGAAAUGCUGAAAUACCCAGUUCAAAAAUUAACACACAUCCUCAUGUUCUUCUUUUGUAUGCUCAAGACUGCCAGCCAUUCAUGAAAUUAAUGAGCACUCUUCGGUCUGUACUUAGUCGGGUUGGUAAAUGUGAGGUGCUGGAUUGUUUUGAUCCUGCAUGUGCGGAGUUUGUGGCUGCUGCCCCAGAAGAUUGGAUGUUACGAGCGGUGUCUGUGUGUCGCGUCGUCCUUGUUAUUAAUGACUGUGGUGCAGAACUUCAGAGAAAAUCAAGUUUGGUCCAUGCAUACAGAUAUCCAUUACCUUUCUGUCACUUGUUCCUCGUGGGACUCAAACAUGUUAUGGGAAGUCUGUCUUCCCGCGAAUAUUGCAGAGUGUUUGUUGUAAGAUUUGAUAGCCAAGAAUUGAACUGGAUCACUCCUCAUAUUCGAUUUUUAUUACCUCAUAAUUUAAGUGAUUUAUUGAGACAUCUUAAUCCUGACAUGAAGUUAUGUUUUAUUUUACAUGCUUUU